GACGUCUGUUGCGCGCAUACCGAGCGCAAGCAGUCGAGAUUCAACAAAGUACAUUACACACACUCUUCACACAACACACAUAAUGCUUUACGAACUCAUUGGCGUAGUCCGCCCAGGCAACCUAGCCGAAGUUCGCGAAAUCGCAAAAACAACCGGCAACAUCGUCCUAAACGCUGGCGGCGUAGUUCGCGGCAUCACAAACUGGGGCGUCUUCCACCUCCCCAAACCCAUGAGAAAACACAACGCCACCCACAACACAGGCCACUACUUUGUUGUCCGCUUCGACAGCAGUGCGAGAACACAACACGCCGUGAGAAGAACACUUGGCUUGGAUCCGAGAAUGUUGAGGUAUUCGGUGGUCAAGAUGGGAGGCACGUUGGAGGAAUUGAGGAGCGUGGUUGGUGAGGUGCAGUGGAAGGCUGAUCCUGAUGCUGUGCAGAAUUGAGACACGGCGAAAGAAGAGAAAAGAAAAUCAAAGAGUAUGGGCAUUUUCUGCAGGGAUUACAGGCGUUGGGGGUCGCAUUCUUCUUUUUGGGUGUGGGUUCGUCUGGAAAAAAGAGAUGAAAUGAUCAUACAUCUGACAGACUGUAGAGUCUUUCCUUUUUGCUGAGUAAUGCUCCAUGAAGCAUUUUGUACAAAUAUCAUCUGCUCAAGAAUAUGAGCUGUAACAAAAAAUUGUCACCAACUUACUGCUCCC